AUGUCCUCUACUUCAUCUGUUGACGUGAAUAGCGCAUUCCCUGCGAUGCAGGACAGUGCGGACGCGGUGCAGUGGACAAAGCUGGAUGGGGCACAGAAGCUGCUUGCGAAUCAUUCAGAUGCGAAGAGGUUCUUCACCAAGUACACGAUGCUCCGCACCGUCGUAGGCGAGGUGAAGCCCGUCUUCUACGACUCUGUGCGCACACGGGUGAAGGUGUUAUGCGAGGAGAAGGCCUUCGCGGCAGGGGAAGAGUGCGACGACUUGGAGGCGGUCUCGAUGCACGUUGUGGCGUACUUCCACUACAGGCUAUUUAUGGAGGAGAUGAAGGAGUUGAUGGCGCAGGCACGCUUAUUGAAGAGUAUCGGGAUGGAGGGGUCGGGACUACGAUUUCAGCCCCGCGAGCGAAACAUUGACGCGUCAGGCGACAAGCCGCGCGCUAGAAGCAGCUGCCGCUGCGGUGAGCCAUCUGUCAAGGUGCAGUUACAUGAACUGAGCUACUGCCCUGCGGCAUUUAUUCCUGUUGGAGCGCUGCGACUGCGUCGGGUUUCGAAGGUGUCGGAGACAGGAGAGUUUUCGGAGGUGGUGGCGAAGAUUGACCGCGUGUGCGUCGUCAAGAGCGUGCGCUGCUUUGACGUCGGUCGGGUUCUGAUGAAGGCUGCGGAGAAGAUCGCUCGGGAAGCCUUCCACGUCCGCUGGGCCCUCGUAGACGCACAGCUGAGCUCCAAAGGGUUUUACGCCAAGAUCGGCUACGCGCCAAAGGAUGUGCAGACAUGCAUGGAACUUCAUCUGCCGUACGUUGUGAUGGCCAAGUGCUUGGCGGAGGCCUCUCUCUGA